AAAUCAUGCCUUCUAUAAAACACUCGAGAAGAUUGACAACGUAAAUGUUCUAAUAAUGUAACGAAAAAUAUUUUGUAUAAAUGGGUGUAUAAAUCUUUUUGGGUGGUGACAGAAUCUUAUUUAUAUAGUAGGUACACGUGAGGUGUUUUCAAGGUGUUUGGCUUCAUUUCAUUUUACAACGUUUUCCAUUCGUUUUACUUUCGUAACUGGCUAAAAACUGUUGAGGUAUAGUAAAAACCGAUGGACCGCUAGGGAGACCUAUGUCCUACGGUGAGCCUCGAUAGGGUGAAUUGAUUGAUAGCUAAAACUCAAACCAACUGUUUCUUAAAGCUUAAUUUAGAAAAAAAAGGUUUUUGAUGACUACUUAACAAUCAAGAUAACUUCCUAUACAAUUGUAGCCCUAACUGUUUUAUUUUUAUGUGGUGAGGCCAUUUGGUAUUAUGUAGGCAUUACACUACGAUAAGGUAAAAAACAACUUAAAAUCCCGCAAAUCGGUUAGCAAUCUAUUAGUGUUUCUACAUAAACAAGAAUAAGGUGUAGUGAUCAUAACCAGUUAAAAGAUAGGUAAAGUAAAAAUACACUUGAAAAGAUUAACUACAGUACUGGUUUCUCACAAGCCUUUUUGAAACAAGGACGUUUAUUUUACAUUAUUAUCAUGUUAGCAAAACCGAUCUACAAACAUAAGAGCGGAUUGGAACUCUUCGUUUCUUAAUUUCUGUGGCAGGUGUUUGUGUGCGUAAAAUACGCACACAAACAACAAACACAACAACCAAUUCUGUAGCUUUUAAGGUUUUUAAAUCUUUUACUAAUAACUAAAGCAUAAAAAUAAGGCGUCCGCCCGCUCGAGCACUGAGCCACUGACACCUAAAUCAAGGAAGAUUGAAUAAUUUAUGUCGUGAUUGGUUAAUACAUAAGUAUGCUGCGCAAAACAGAACGGCUUGGACAAAUGUCAAUCCACAUUGACGUUGUCAAAAUCUUAAAAAUUAAUUAUUGAGAGUAGGUAAUAGGAUAGUGUAAUGUUUUAUAAUAUGUAAUUUAUGGUAUUCCUACACGAAGUAUUCACAAUUUUAUUUCUUUAGCGCUAGAAAGCUAGAGUGCUAGUGUUCAUUUCAAUUUUUGUGUGUAGUUUUAUUGUAAAAUACAAAUAAAAAUGGAUGUCGUCGGCAGUGAAAUUGGGCAGAAAAUGCGGUCUGCCAUCAAGGCCAAGCUUACAGAAUUAGGAUGUUAUGUUGAUGAUGAACUACCAGAUUAUGUGAUGGUGAUGGUAGCAAAUAAGCGGACUCGUGCUCAAAUGGAGGAUGACCUUCAGCUAUUCCUAGGUGACAACACUGAGCUAUUUGUCAACUGGCUACACCAAGUACUGAAGAAGUUACAGGAAGUUACAGUUGCUACUCCUCUAAAAAUUGCUGAAGCUGACAAAAACAAAGAAAGAUCCGCGUCAAAAGAACGGAAAAGUAAGGAAAAGAAAUCAAAAGAUAAACAAAAGAAAAGCGAGUUGAAAAAAGCCAAAAAGAAGGAAAAAGAGAAGGUUUACCGCAAAAAGGAUGACAAGAAAAUUCAUAAAACUAAGAAGAAAAGCAAACAUCAUGACAUGAUCCGCCCAAAUAUACCUCCUUUAUUAAUGAACAUGGAGAAAGAAUCUGAACCUUCAAUAACAGAUGUAUUCGCGGGUCAAAUAUUAAAAAACCAUGGAAUAAAUGUAGACGCCUUAAAGGAUGACAUAGUUCCAGAGAAAAAACCUGUUGUGACAGAAGUCAAAAGACCUAUUCUGCCUAUCAUUGACCCAGCUACAAUUUCAUCUCAUGACAUUGAUAAAGAUACAAAUUCUGAAGCCACUAGAACUACUAGAACUAGUGUUUCAUCAAUAGGGACACCUAUGGAAGACCAAAUUAAAGAAAUGACUCAAAUUGAAGCCAAAAUACAAGGGCUUAAACAAAAGUUAGCGGACCAAUUAGAUUCUAUGUCAGACGAUGAAGACUUUCUGAAUAUAAGAACUGAGGCUGAAGAAUUAAUGAAUGAUUUUGCUGAAGAUGUGUUUCAGGAAAUAUCACAACCAGCACCGCCCGUAACUGUUACACCUCCUAUCUUGCCUCAAAGGCUUCCGACCCCUCCUCCUUCAGUAUCUACCCCCCUAGAGGCCUCAAAAGGCGCCUCUAAAGAUCCCGUAGAGACCUUACCACAGAUUGAAUUGAAACUCCCCAAAAGGCCUGUGAGAGACAGGCUUGGGGUGCGCGAGGAACCCAAAAAAGCUCCCGAGGUCAAAAAGGCUCCAGAAGUCAAAGAAAAGGAAGCUAAGACGAGGACUGAGAGUCCUGAAAGGUUCACACCAGAAAGAGAGCCAGAUUUUUGGCCGCAAACAAAGUCAGCUAAAAGCCGACUGGGAGAUGCCGUGGAACCUUCGAAAAGAAGUUCUGUGUCAGAUGAUGCGGUGUCUGAGAAAUCAGAGAUUGUUACCAAAAAACUAACUUCUAAGGUGUCGGUGUUAGAGAACCGACCGAGCCGCGCGACUUGCGCCAGCGUGGUGCGGGUUCGACCUCGGCCGCGCGUUUCGGCGCCAGCAUCUAGUCUGCUACUCAGAGCCGUCGCUGACGCCCACAAGAGCUUGCUGAAUGCCCCACCAAAAGUGGACUCCGAUUCUCAGUCGGUGAAGCGCGCCCUAGUCCUUCCCAUGCGCCGCUGCGUCGACGCGCAGAAGAUCGUCAUACAAGUGCCCGCGGACAACACGCAGGCGGAGACCGGAGACAGUAUUAGUCUAGGCGAUGCAGACAGUGACGACGAUAAGAGUUCCAAAGUAGCAAGCGAUGCCGAUAAAGAGGAAUACGUGCCGGCGCCUAUAACUAAGAAGAUUAUCAACAAUGAGUACACGCCGUCGCGACGGAACGAGGGCCGGACGGCCAGCAGGAAAGACGAUACGCUGAUUAUAGAGACAAUCAACAUCCACAACCCUUCAGCAGACAAAGACAAAAAUACUCAGUUCAUAGUCACAAUGGAUGGUUACCAUCCAAAUGCGUUCCUCGCUAAAAAGCUACUCACUGAGGGACUGUUAACCGAAGAACAAGAAAUUAAACCACCCGAGACUGAAAAACCGAUUCUAUACGAAAUGAAGGAACCAAAGCCGAAAGACAAGCCGGUAGAGAAAACAGAGAAUGUUCUAGAAACUCAGAAGAAACGUCUAAGCAAUACUAGUGAAGAAAGUGAUACUCAAGUUAUUAUUAAGAGGGAAGAAGAGAAAUCGGAGAAGAAGAAAGUCGUCGAGCAAGUGAAAGAGGAAGCCCCUCCAGUUAAGAAAAGGAAGGCAUCUCCUAUCGUUUUCGAUGUGGAGAAGAGAGUGAAGGAGGCAAAAGAAACGGAAAGAGUGAGGGAAAGAACGGAGAGUGCGAGCAGUGAUCAGCAUGUGACCGUUGCAACAGUAACCAACUCACACAAAUAUGAUUCGGUGCCGCCUUUGAGUGCAGCGGAGCGCAAGCUAGUGUGGUGUCGCGCGUUCCCGCUGUGUCGCUACGGCUCGAGCUGCGCCUUCCAGCACCCGCGCUGCAAGUUCGCGGCCAGCUGCACGCGCCGCGCCUGCGUGUACUCACACGCGCACGACGCCCGGCCCGCGCCCGCGCCCCCCGCCGCGCCCAGCCUCGCAUCCCACGUGGUCCCGGCUGCUAACUACAAAUCCAUUUCGCCGGUUGUCCCGAACAUGUGCAAGUUCUACCCAAACUGUGUGAACGCCGCCUGCCACUACUACCACCCGAAACCUUGCCGCUACGGCAAGAACUGUGCUAACAAACUCGAGUGUAACUUCUACCACGCCGAUGUGCCAGCUAAGUGGAGAUAUCCCGUCUAAAUAUAGUGUUUUACUACCUA